GCGUCAUCAUCUAACAAGAAGCAGUAUAACAAUAGCCCUGGACUCCUGUCAGGCUCGGAUGCCGAAACCACAUCUAUCACAGCUUACAGUCAGCUUGAGCGUAUUAAUCCUACUCCUUCGACAGCUUCAUUACACCAACAUCGACGUUGCACUAAACCAAUGCCGAACGAAAUAAGGUGUAAGUCAACAUCUUGGGGUCGCAUACCAGACACAAGGUUCCAACCCCCGAUUUCAAUACUGCACUAUGAUUUGUGCAGUAAUAAGAGACGAAAUGCUGGAAUGAACGCAAAGGCUCCAUUUCCGACGAUCGUUCUCCAGCGUUCUCGGCGGUGUUGGCAUUAAACGCAUAAACCCCUUUUCUCGACCACAGUCUGCAUGGACGAAACACCCAUGUGUCGUUGAUAGAUUAUGAGGCUUGAUCCCGCACACGCCGCGUAUCUUGGGGCACGAACCACUGAGCUAAAAACAACAGCAUUACGUCUGCAUCGUGAUAAAGGCCUGGUCAAUGCUGUGUGAACUAGAAGACCGAUGCCCAAGAGGGGACUCUUCUGGAAACUCUAGUCUAGAGAAAGGGGGCCAUAGGCCAAAAACUGUCACCAUUCCUUUUAGCCGCCCAUUUGGUAGAGCGCCACAUCUAGAAAUGGUUACAUCUGUAGGGCGAGGUCUGUCAGCGGCCAAGAUGCAAUCUGUAACUCCUUUUAGAAGUCGUUUUAGAGAUUGCUCUGGCCUAAGCACUAGAUACAGUCGCAUGAUGAUGAUGCUAUUCAUAACUCAUCUCAGUCAGCGUCUAGGCCCCCAGGCAGCCACAGCAGCCACACUUAGUCACCAGCCUCACCGUACCUCAAACGCGUCUCAACCUAAAGCCAUUAACGCGGUUAGUAUGUCGUAGCUGCAUCUUGUACUUCCUUCACACACCCUGUACCUGCAGUCAUUUUUGCAGGUGAAGGUAUCAAAACCAGGAGACUCUCGAAAUAACCUGCUGCAUUUUUUAAACUAGCGCUGGCUAUCGAAUCAGAUACGCCAUGUCUCAAAAGGGUAGAAAUGGUAAUAUUAUGAGUUUCUUCAACCCCGUGACAAAAUCACAAACGCCCAAGUCCUCCAGAGUCUCAACACCAAACCCGCCAUCGUCACUACAGCCACCUUCAUCACCCUUGGAACAAAAGUUGGCGACCCCGGUCAAGAAGACAGCACCAAUACCCCGAGACUUUGAGAUCAAAGAUUCAGACGAAGAAGAUGAUAUUGGAGCAUCCUCAGACGAUUCGCUGGAGGAUCUGUCCGCUAUCCUCGGACGAGGUCGCCCAGGAAAGGCUACUGGUACACCUCUUCACAAUCCCUUUGCGACUCCAAGGGCCAAGAGAACUGCAGUUGAGUUUCCUGCGUCUCCAUUGGCGAUAAUGUCGAAGCAUAAAUUCGACCUGAAAGCUCUCGCAAAGGACGCUAGACAGGAUGAUGCAACUCAUGCAAGUGCUUUAAAGAUCAAGGCCUUUUCAAAUGCUGAACAACAUGAUCAACAAAUGACAACAGACGAGAUGUCGCGGGAUGUGAUGGAGGGCAUUGUCAAGAACAACACCGGUAAAGAUGCCCAGAAAGUUAUGAGAGCCGUUCAGAGGUCAGCACCGGCACACUCACAGCUUCGAUAUUGCUUCUUUCGUGAAGGAUACACAAUACCAUCCCCCACAGCUGCCCCCAAAAAGUUUAACAAAGGGCCAUGGAGACUGUUGACUCAAGGCGAUUACCAGGCACGUGAGCAACAUCUCGCCUCGGGACUACCACUUACCCUCUUGCAAAUGCAGGGGGGACUCCCGGAUGAGCUUUUCGAAUGGAUACUGAAUGAGGUUUGCUCCCAAAAUCCAACCCUUGUCAGACGAGAAUACUGCAACUUGCUCAGCUCGUGUCCAGAAGCAGUUGCGCGCAUUGUCACGCCGCGUCGUUUGGAGGAGUUGUUUCAUCGAUUCGGUGCUUCUUCUGAGCUUGAACAACAAGACUCUCAGUUGAAUCUCCUGAAACCAAGUGCCGAGCCUUAUGAAGGAUGCGACUGGUCAUCUCUCAGCUCCUUCUUAUCGCUCAUCACGGCCAUCUCGCCCUACAUGUCCCAGGAGUCGGUUGUCUAUGCUUCUCGGACGCUCCUACGUAUGUCAUUGGACAAGUUCUUGAUGUAUGAGAUUAAUUUAUUGGUCGCUUACGAAACUUCCAUCCAUGCCCUUCUUGAAGCUAUUCCUCAGCCUGGCUGGGACACAUUUUGCUCUGAAACCUGUACACAGCUGCACACAUUAGUCAAAGAACAAUGUGUGAGGACCAAUGCUCUUGCGUGCCUGCCUAUCAGCAAAGCCAGAUCUCACGAGCUUAGACGGCGACUGGCUGUAGUGUUUUUGUUCAAUAACCCAAGCUUGGGUCGCUACCAUCCCGAUGAUGUGGUUACUAUUCGUAGCGUCAUAGCACUCUUGGAUCACGAGGACUUCUUCGUCGGGCCCAAGACAGAUUUCGCCCUACUCCAAGCCAACAUUAUCCUUAUCAACAUCGUCGUGGAUGACGGCUCAUUCGCACCAUCUGAUGAUCCGGAGAAGGAAAAACAGUUCAAUAGCGAUGUCGACGAGCUUGCAGUCAGACUGAGGGAAAUUUGGCGAAAGAUCAACGAUGCGGGUAUGAAACUCGCUCGUACAGAAGCCAAAAGCGUCAUAGAAUGGGUCCAGCAGCGACUUGCACACUCAGUCCGUACACGCCGAAAGGCGAAGAAGAGCAUAUUUGACCUGCCAGGUCAGAAAGAGGAUCCCUUCCUUCCGAAGCAGCAGAAUUACAUGAAGAACUUCCUCAAGAAAGCACCACAGAGUGCGCCGGAUCAAGUGGCUGAACCAUCUCCCACAAAAUCAGAGGAAGUCUUCCACGAAGCAGUAGACGCCGAUACGAUCGUGGUCAAGGUGAAGUAAACUUGAGAGCUACAGGGCUAGGCGGAAAAGAUGAAGGCGUACGGCGAUUCACUAGGUACUGUUGUAUGCCGCGAGUAUUUGAACGUGUAAUCAAUUCUACCGCGGGCCAAGUCCCAAAUCAGACAAAAGAGUCAAACACAAUACACAGCAUCUAAACUACAAGCGCAGACUGAUGAACAAUGCGGGUCGCGAAUGGUUGAAGAGCCUCCCCAGUCGUGCACUCAUGGAAACGGCAUGUAGAGGCUCCCAUAUAGAGAUAUUUAUGGUGGCCAAAGGGGUUUAGUCGAAGAACUUGCGGUUAGGAUUCUUGCCGAAUAGAGCCUCUCGUACUGCAGGA